AUGAUUAAAGACGUGAUAGAGGCUUUACGUUUUGUAUUAUCACCUAGUUCUUGGAACAUGUUUCUUUGGAGUAUAGGUCUCUAUUCUUCCUACUUUAAAUUGCUCAGAGCAAGUAUCUUUGGCUCAAAAACUACUCCAAAUUCUAGCUCCACCGAUCCAAAGAUUGGAUCUUCAAGACCUAUUUGUGUUAUCACUGGUGCUACUUCUGGGAUUGGUAAGGCCACUGCAUUUGCUCUUGCAGAGAAGGGCUUCCAUGUCGUUCUUGUUGGAAGGUCUCCUCAGCUUCUUUCAGAGACAUUGGAAGAAAUCAAGAGCAAGAACAAAGAUGCAAAACUCAAAUCUUUCGUAGUUGACAUGUCUUCUUUUUCAUCAAUCUUCAAUUUUAAAGACUCUCUAGAGCAAUGGCUAUCAGACGAAGAGCUACCUCCAUCAAUUCAGCUUUUAGUGAAUAAUGCUGGGAUAAUGUCUAUUUCUAGUCGACCAACCAUUGAAGGUUAUGACAGGGUGAUGGCUACAAACUAUAUUGGUCCAUUCACUAUGACCAAACUUCUUUUACCACUUCUGAAAAAUAGCUCUGUGCCUUCACGGGUCGUUAACGUUGCAUCUUUCACACAUCGUUAUGCUUCUAUUGGGAAGGUUAAUAAGGAUUAUGUAACUGGAGAGCAUUUUGCAACAUACAACCAAUAUCCCCAUGCUCAUGUCUACGAGUAUUCUAAAUUAUGUCUUCUACUUUUCUCAUAUGAACUGCACAGACAGCUACGCCUCAAAGAUGAUUCACACCAUGUAUCUGUUAUAGCUGCAGAUCCUGGAUUUGUGAAAACAAAUCUAAUGCGCGAGUUUCCUAAAUAUGCAUCUGGUUUUGGGUUUCUCUUUUUCAAACUUAUUGGCCUCCUCCAAACCCCUGAUGAAGGAGCUCGAUCUUCCGUCGAUGCAGCUUUAGCUCCACCAGAAACAUCAGGUGUUUACUAUUUUGGAGGAAAAGGAAGGACCAUUAAAUCGUCAAAAGCUUCUAGAGAUCCUAAACUUGGUAAAGAACUUUGGGAAACUUCUUGUGGUUUGUUUGAUCAGUUGCAGUCAUAUAACGACUAA